AUGAAAGAUCUUUUCUUAACUAAAAAAUAUCUUAAGAGGAAGCUGGUUUUUUUAACCCCUAUUAUCACUGUAUUACUCCAUUUCUAUUGGACUAAUAGAAAUAAUAAGAAAUUAAAGCAUGAAUGGGUAGAUACAAAAUCUUUUUUUCCUACGUAUACAAUUUGGAAGCCGAUGCCGCAAAAAUCUUUUUCAAAACCACCUAGAAUUUCUCAUAAAUGCACGGAGGUCUUAUUAAAUACAUCUGAUUUUCGAUCUUUUAUUGACUAUCACAGAGGAAGAGAAAGAAAAAUAUGGCUACCAGAAAUAACAGGAGCAGAAGAAAUUGAUAUAAAGGAACGAGAAUUAUUAUUUGAAAAAAACUUUGAUUCGAUUAUUAAUAAUAUAUCUAAUGGAUGUUCAUCAUUUGUAUCUAAUAUUAGAAAUUUUAUAAAGGUUGCUCACACUAUACUUAGUUAUUCUAAUGGUAUAAAACGUUUUUUUAGGGGGAUAAAGAUGUGUGGUAAUGUUAUUGAAGCAGGUAAAAGUAUUGCUAAAAAUAUAGGUUAUUGUGCGCACAGGUCGGUUUAUUGGACUGCAAAUAAAAUUAAGGAUGGAUUUAUUAAAAGUAAAAGUAUACUUAGUUCUACUGCUAAUUCUAUAAAUUCGUUUUUUACGUGGUACAGAGAAGUAAAUGAAGAUGGUCUAAGAGAAGAAUUAUUAAAUUUUAAAAAUGUUGAUGAAAAAGUAAAAGUUAAAAUUUUAGAUGUGUAUAAUGUUUUACAAUCAUUUCAAAAAGAAGGAAUUAUUGUUAGACGUGUAAAUGUUUUACCAGAAAAACCUAGUAGUUUUGCUAAAAUAAAAGAUAGCGUAAAAAACGCAUCAAAUUUUGUAAAAAAUAAAAUAUGUAAUAUUUGGAGAAGUAAACAGAUUGUAAAUAACAAAAUAGAUAAUGAAAAAAAUGAGGAUGAGAAAUGGUCUUUUUAUGGAGUAAUGUGUGAGGUUUAUACAAAAUGUACCAAUUUUAUAAGUUUUAGUAUAAAAAAAUUAUCAUUUUUUAGUUUUUUUAGUAAAAAUGAUACUGAAAAUGAUGUGACAGCUAAGGCGUCUGAUGAUAAUAAUAAUAAAAAUAUGAUAGAUUCAAAUUCUGCUACUUCUGGAGAAUACUAUGAUGCUGAAAGUUGUUUUUCUACCUAG